AUGGCCGGCAAUGGCAAAGAGGAUGCAUAUAGGGACGACACUGCCGGACGAGAUGGCAGUACGUCAACAGCGCUGGAUAGCUCAGAGAGCAAGAUGGGAGCCAUUAAUGGAACUCGCAUACUGCUUAUUGGAUGGACGCCAGCGAAUUGGAACAGCCAAAGCAGUCUGACUCUGAUCUACCAAAACAAUCUCAACGGAUCCGACGAUGUCAAUCAUGCCAGCGCCAUCGUUCUGGACCCAAUGCCACCUCAGGCAGCUGCCUCAGCCUGUGGAGCUCUGAAUGAGAAUCUGCUAUCACAGGUCACGGUACAGAACUACAGCACAGACUUCGUUGACUCUCUGAGUUAUCUCAACUGGAAGUACAGCACUGGGCCGUCCUAUCUGAUUGAUGGCGCCGUCGUCACUGUCGAGAAAGACCAGCUGUCCAUCUCAACAAAUCCCCAGCCAGGUCCGGUCCCAGUGCUGUGCACGCAAAGCUCUCGGGAUAGUCGUCCUCAGAACUCUUCGGCGACCUCUUCGAAUCUGGUCAAUGUAGCAUCCGGUGGCAACACCUACGUCGGCUACCGCAACUCCAAAUCUUUCCGCUUCAACGGUAUCCGAUACGCUGAUAUGCCCGAGCGUUUCGAAUACUCUAAUUUGUACUCUGGCAAAGGCGAGACGAUCAACGCGACAGUCUACGGCUCGCAAUGCCUACAAAGCGGCGGCAGUGUAGGGAGUGAAGACUGUCUCUUCCUCAACAUCCAGACACCAUACAUCCCUUACGCUAAGCAUGGUCCAAGUCAGAAGCAGCACUUGCGCCCGGUUUUCUUCUGGAUCCAUGGUGGAGGUUUUACUGGCGGUACUGGCCAAGAUCCAGGUACGGAUGGUGGAAAUCUUGCGUCUCGAGAAGAUAUAGUCGUUGUUACGAUCAACUAUAGACUGUCGACACUGGGCUUUCUUGCGGUACCAGGCACCGAUAUCAAAGGCAACUAUGGCAUUGGCGACCAGAUCGUUGCGUUGCAAUGGGUCCAACAGAACAUCGCGAGCUUCGGAGGCGAUCCUAAGAAGAUAACCAUUGGCGGAAGCAGUGCAGGCGCAGGCAGUGUUCGCGCUAUGGCUGACUCGAAUCUUGGUGGCGGCGUAACGCUCGGUCUAGAUGGCAACUACGGCACUACGUACUCCGACUACCUCACCAUCGAGGAGUCAUACAACCUGACUGGCAUACCAUUACUAAAUGCGACAGACUGCCUCGCGACCACCGGCAACAGCUCGACAACCGCACAAGCAGAUUGCCUGCGAACUGCGAAUGCCACUAUACUAAUUACAGGCAAUGACGUGGCGCGCUAUGUCGUCCAGGACGGAACGAUUGUAACCACGCCCCAGCUGACCCUCACCGCUGGCGGUCCCAACCCAGAGUCCGCUUACGUUCCCAUCAUGUUCGGCAUCGCCGCGAACGACGGUGCUUCAUUCUCCAACAUCGCCACAUCGCCGAUCUCUAACCUCAGCGAGGGCCUCCAAGUCGGUCUGGGCAUCGAAGCAUCUUAUGCAGACUCGAUCAUCUCUUCUGUCUAUGCCGCUGCCGUGACCAAGAGCUUCCCUGCUGUGUAUUACUACCAAUUCGACCGCAGUAGGGACGGCUACAAUCCCAACAAUUUGAAUGAGUCACUCGUGGCUGGCCCGGUCUCGGCCGAGUACCCAUAUGGUGAUCCGACGAGCCCAGAGUACUUUCGGCUUCACGGAAGCACGGGUCCAUGGUACACAGGCAACUGGGAUGGAGUAUUCAGGGAUGAUGGCGAUUUGUGGAGCGUGCAGCUGGUUGCGUCUUAUCUUGCCUCGUUCGUAAAGACGGGAAAUGCGAACCCGAGCGUCGAGGAAUUGACAGUCAGAGGUGCAGCAUAUCAAAAGGUGCUGGAAGCGGUCAAUGAUUUUGGGGCUUGGAACGAAGUCGAGGAAGGAGAGGCGGCGCCGGUGAGGUUUCUGGAUUGGCCGGCGAGCAGUGGCGAAUGGGUCGACUUGGACCAGUGCAAGUGGUUGAACUAUAGUCUGGAGUACUAUCUGCAGUAA